AUGACAGCCGAAUACGAUGUACUCGUUGUUGGUGCUGGGAUUGCCGGCUGCACCAUCGCAUCGGCCUUUGCCCGGCAAUGGCGACGCGUUCUUGUGGUUGAGCGGAGCCUGCGCGAACCAGACAGGAUUGUCGGGGAGCUUCUCCAGCCAGGAGGCGUCGCGGCGCUGUCCCAACUCGGCCUGGCGCACUGCUUGAGUGGCAUCGAAGCAACGCCUGUCGAGGGAUAUCAUCUUUACUGGAAAGAUCAGCAGGCGACCUUCUGGCUCUGCCCUCUCCCCGGCAGCAGCAAAGCCGGCGGGCCUGUCGGGCGCAGCUUUCACCAUGGCAGAUUAGUUGCAACUCUGCGUGAUGCCGUGUCCGGCCUGCCUCAUGAGACGUCAGGUGCUGUUGUGGGAGCAGUUUGUGCACAAAGCGGAGGCGCUCCGGAAAAAUACUACGCGUCUCUCACCGUCCUGGCGGACGGGUUGUCUUCCAAGUUUAGGUCGCAGUUCACCCGGAACCGACCAAAGGCGCAAUCCCGGUUCUGGGGGCUCGAACUGAUUGAUGCCGACCUUCCCCGUCCGUAUGCCUGCGAAACCCGGAUCCUCAUCGACAUUCUGGACGAGAUCCAUCGCCGGCUCGGGAACAAGCGGAUCGGUCAGGGACUACAUCCGCCAACGCGUCGUCCCAACAGUGCCGCCGUCCGUACAACCGAGCCUCGGCAAAGCCAUUCAAAGCGGCCGCAUUCGCAGCAUGCCCAAUGCAUGCGAUGCGGUUCUCCUGGCCGACUGCUCAGCCCUGCGCGGAUCUCGUCGCUGACAGACACUCAAGCCGCCUUGAAGGAAAUGUGUCGGUUUCAUUGGCGAAGGAAAGCUUAUAGCGCAUGUCUCAACAUUCUCGCACAGGCUCUCUACCUUCUUUUCGUAUCAGAACACCCAACGCUAGGAAUUAUACAACGAGGCUUCAUCCGCUACGUCCAGGAAGGCGAGCGGAACUUUGCCGAGCCAGCCUGGAUCAUGGGCGGUCUUGUUGACGAUCCGUUCCGUCUGUUCUACUACUUCUUUAAGAUUGCUAUCUACAGCAUCCGCCUGCAUCUGCACCAGGCUGGCUUGCUAGGACUACCUGCAGCACUGUUUCAGUCUGCGCUGCUGUUCGCCUCCGCAGUCGCUAUCAUCUGGCAGCCCAUCAUCGACGAGCUGCAGCCGUAG